UAUUUGUCUCUGUCUCUUAGGUAAGGAACACAAAUAAUACUGUGUUAGCUAACACGGCUAACAUAGUGCCCACGAUGUUAGCAUGAUACAGGUUUGUCACAAAGUCACUAGCAGCACAUUACAAGCAUAAGGUUUACUAACAUAUAUAAAAUACCAACAACAGGUAAGAUACAUUAUUAUUAUUAAAAUAUUAUUAAAAUAAUAAAUACUAUCUGUCUCUUUUUCUAAGGAACAUAAAUAACACUGUGUUAGCUAACACGGCUAACAUAGUGCCCAUGAUGUUAGCAUGAUACAGGUUUGUCACAAAGUCACUAGCAGCACAUUACAAGCAUAAGGUUUACUAAUAUAUAAAAAAACCAACAACAGCUUACGCAUUCCAUAACUCGUCUUGGGCUCUAAAGGUGUAAGGAGGACCACCAUGGAGAAUCUCAGCGAGCUCCAGAAUCCUCUUCUGGAUAAAAGCAGCAGACAUGUAGUGCAGAGUUACCAUGGCGACUACCCAAGCCUUGUGAGCUACUACUACAGCGGGAAACAGGAUGAACACAAAUCUCAGCAGUUCCUGGAUGCCACGUCGCUUCAUCUGGCGGUGGAGGCCUUCUAUAAACCAAACUUGAUCUUGUGUAAGGAUAACGUCAGCCUCCACAGCAAAGACUCCAAGAACGAGAGCUUUGAGACCACCUUCACAGAGAAUAAGGACGCAGUGUCGGGCGAGGACUCCAUGGAGAACCGCGGUGUGGACAGCGCACAAGGAGAGAAGGAUGUGAAGAUCCAGACGGUGUCGUAUGAAGUGGAGGACGAGCACGUUCCUGAGUAUGAGAGUGACAGCUCCAGCGAAAGCGAGAGUGAGGACAACUUUUUGGUGCUUCCACCUCGAGAUUACCUGGGCCUUACCAUCUUCUCCAUGCUCUGCUGCUUCUGGCCUUUGGGCAUUGUUGCCUUCUACUAUUCACACAAGACUGGCAAGGCCGUCGCUAAGGGAGACUUUUCCAAAGCGGGAAUGAGCUCCAGGAGAGCCCUAUUCCUUGCCGCUCUGUCCAUUACCAUCGGCACGGGCAUGUACGUGGGGGUGGUGGUUGCCCUCAUAGCCUAUCUGUCCAAACCUGGACAUGUAUAGCAUUUCUACAGGAGGGCGGACGUCGUUACUCCUGAAACCAAUCAAGGAUCAUCAAGGAUGCCAACCAAUGAAUGGAAAAGAAUAAACAACCAAGACAAUAUAGGACUUAGUCAUCGGGAUGAAAAAGCCUCCUUAAUCAUUCAUUCGUGUGUUCAUGUAUUUCAUGACUCCAGAAAGACACAAAAUAGAUGUCACUGUGUACACAAAACUGCUAAGCAGUACUCACUGGGGAAUAUUUAUCUUUAUUCUGUACUUCAAAUGGAAUAAAUAAAGUCAUUUGGCAUGGAUAUUCAUAUGUCUUUAUCUUCUUAUCUUGUCUUACAGAUGACAUUUACGUGGGUUAGCUGUGCAAUAGUGUUUGGCUAAUCGACAAAAGUUACACAAAUUAAAGAAAUUUAACUUGAGAAAAUAUAAUAAUAAAAUAUAAUAAAAAUAAAAAAUAAUAAAAAAAAUAAUAUAAAAUAAUAUAAAAAUAAUAUAAAAUAAUAAUAUAAAAAUAUAAUAAAAUAUAAUAAAUUUAAAAUAAGAAGUUAAUUUGCAUCAGGUGCAAAAAAUCCACUGUAAGUGUUGAAGGAUCACUCAUUAGCCACGUUUACAUGAGGAGUUUUUCUCUUUCCGAAUGACCUUUCCGAAAGCA